AUGCUUGACUAUGCGCACCAGUCUCAGCAAGCAGACAAGUGUGAGCUGUAUGUGAGCAACACAAGCUGCCCGUUGAAUGGUGGACCGGGGCAAGGGUUCGGGCGGAGCCGGACUUCCCUGGCCGGCAGGCGAGCCUCCGCGCCACCCCACGCCCGCCCGCCCCGCUGCCCCGCUGGCCGGACCCGCUCCCGGCCGCUGCGCGCGGGUUGUGCCGCCAAAGCCGCCCCCGCCCCGCCCCGCCCCGCCCCGCCCGCCCCGGAUAACUUUGCGGCGGAGCAGCGGCGCCCCUCGGGAGAGGCCGGACGGCGCGCCCGCCCGCCCGCCCGCAGCAGCGCCCCGCUCCCACCACCCCCGGACCCCCGCGCCAAGCAGCCGGGGAAGGGGACCCAUGCCGGCAUGGCCAGGAGACCCAGGCACAGGUGUGCUCGCUCGCACAGGCGCACUCCGGCCCCCGCCGCACCAGGGGGCUCGCCUCCUCCGAGCCAAGCCGCCCGCCCGCCCCACCAGUGGGAUGCUUCGCCUCAGAGGCCCACAGGGGACUUUUUCUCCAGCAUCUACAGUAGUGAUGAGGAGGAUGAAGAUAUCGAGGUUUACGAUCAUGACUAUGAUGGUCUGUUGGCCAAGGGUGGAAAACGUCAUUUGGGGAAAACCAGAUGGACUCGGGAAGAGGAUGAGAAGCUAAAGCAACUUGUGGAGCAGAAUGGCACAGAAGAUUGGAAAGUUAUUGCCAAUUUCCUUCCUAAUCGGACAGAUGUGCAGUGCCAGCAUCGGUGGCAAAAGGUACUAAAUCCAGAACUUAUCAAGGGCCCAUGGACGAAAGAAGAAGAUCAACGGGUGAUAGAGCUCGUGCAGAAAUACGGCCCCAAACGCUGGUCCGUCAUCGCCAAACACUUGAAAGGAAGGAUCGGGAAACAAUGCAGGGAGCGGUGGCACAACCAUCUGAACCCAGAAGUUAAAAAAACCUCCUGGACAGAAGAAGAAGAUAGGAUAAUUUACCAGGCACACAAGAGGCUGGGAAACAGAUGGGCAGAAAUUGCAAAGUUGCUGCCUGGACGAACUGAUAAUGCCAUCAAGAACCACUGGAAUUCUACAAUGCGUCGAAAGGUUGAACAGGAAGGUUAUCUUCAAGAGUCCUCCAAAGCCAGCCAAUCUUCAGUAGCUGCCAGUUUUCCGAAGAGUAACCAUUUAAUGGGCUAUACCCCCACGCCGCCUUCUGCGCAGCUGCCAACUGCCACCCAGACCACAGCUACCCGUGACUACUCCUAUUAUCAUAUUUCUGAGGCGCAAAAUGUCUCUGCUCAGAUCCCAUAUCCAGUAGCACUUCAUGUAAAUAUUGUUAAUGUUCCCCAGCCAGCUGCUGCAGCUAUUCAGAGACACUAUAAUGAUGAAGACCCUGAGAAAGAAAAGCGAAUAAAGGAAUUAGAGUUGCUACUAAUGUCGACUGAGAAUGAACUGAAAGGGCAGCGGGCAUCACCAACGCAGAACCACACAUCAGAUUACCCAGGGUGGCAAAGCACCACAGUUGUGGACAAUACCAGAAGUAGUGGUAACAGUGUACCCAUUUCCUCUUUGGGGGAGCGUCAUCAUUGCACUCCAUCUCCACCUGUGGACGAUGGCUGCUUGCCUGAAGAAAGUGCCUCCCCUGCAAGGUGCAUGAUCGUUCACCAGAGUAACUUCUUGGAUAAUGUUAAGAAUCUCUUAGAAUUUGCAGAAACGCUUCAGCUAAUAGAUUCCUUCUUGAACACCUCAUCCAGCCCAGAAAGUCUAGAUUUGGCCAAUCCUACUCUAACUUCCACUCCUUUUUGUACUCAUAAAGUCACGGUUACAACACCGCUUUACAGAGAUCAAGCAUUUAAGGCACAGAAGGAAAAUAACAUAACACCAGCUGUCAAAAGAUCAAUAUUGGAGAGUUCUCCCAGAACACCCACUCCAUUUAAAAAUGCACUUGCAGCUCAAGAAUUCAAAUAUGGACCCUUAAAGAUGCUGCCUCAAACUCCAAGUCAUCUUGUGGAUGAUCUGCAGGAUGUUAUCAAACAAGAGUCUGAUGAAUCUGGCAUCGUCUCAGGCCUACAUGAAAAUGGAUCCCCUUUGCUGAAGAAAAUCAAGCAGGAGGUGGGGUCUCCAACAGGUAAAGCUGGAAACUUCUUCUGCUCAAACCAUUGGGAAGGGGAAGGUCUGAACACACAGCUUUUCACGUAUACGUCAGCUGUGAAAGAUAUGCCGAAUCUACUUACCAGUUCUGGUUUAAAGAUGCCUCCAUCAGAAGAAGAGGAGAAUGCCCAUAAAUUAUUUGCAUUUCAUAGAAAUAGAUCAUCAGGUAGCCCACUUCAGCAUUUUAGCAGUGCGUGGGAUUCAGCAUCCUGUGGAAAGACAGAGGACCAACUGACCUUCUCCGAUCCAGGACGCAAAUACAUGAAUGCAUUCUCAACUCGAACUCUGGUCAUGUAAAUGGUCUUCCAGCCAGCAUUAUGUUUUCUUUUCAAAACACUUCCAGUUGAUUUAGGAUUUAC